CCUGUGCUCUCUCUCUCUCUCUCUCACCCCGCGCCCCGCUGGAUGAUACGAUACCGUUCCCGACCGUUGUCGCAUCCGCAUCUGCUGCCAGUCGCAUCCCCCACCUGAGCUUCGCACACCAUGAACACGGCCGGAGCCGUGAUCCUCGCCCUCGUCCUGCUUCUCAUCGGAGCAGGUGUGGGCUGGAUCAUAUUCACACGCAUCAGGGCGUCGCGGCUUGGGCUGCCCCCGCCCCCGCUCAGAUCCUACAUCCCCUUCCUCUCGCCCGGCUCGACCUCGUACGGCGGCGGCGGGCCGACCCCGGCGCCGGGCGGCAUCGUCGGCUGGGUCAACGACAAGAUCCGGCUCAUGCGCCACCGCAACAAGCGCACCGCCGCGGGCGCCUACGAAGGCCCCGCUCCCACCACCCCUUACUACGGCGGUCGGUACCCCGCCCGCGGCAACAACCCCUCCGCCCCCCCCGAGGACGACGACCCCUGGGACUCGCGCCUCCGCGGGUACAACCCGUACGAGGAGGACGACGACGAAGAGCGCCAGCGCGGGUCGGGCUACGGCCCCGGCGGGGAAGGAUACCAGAUGAACCUGCCCGUCCCCGCGCCGCCCGAGGAGGGCGCCGCCAGUGCUGCCGGUCCCUCCGGUCCUGCCGGCGCUGCCAAGGUUGCUGGCCCUGCCGGUGCUGCCGGUGCGCAGCAAGGCGGGCACGACGAGGAGGAAUGGAGGAGGGGCCGGACCGAGAACCCGUUCGGCGACGACGCCGACCCGAGCAACCUGAGCGUGAGGGGCGUCAGUCCGCGGCCGACGACGGAGGGCGGUGCCGCCUCGUCGUCCUCUGCCGCGAGGAGCGCCGUGAGGGAGGACCGCGAUAGGACGUCGAUGUUCCGGGAGGACGUGUAA